UUGCUGUUGUGAUGCGAGUUAGAAAUUUUGCGCGGCUGACAUGUAGGAGUGUCCAGCCACUGUACUUCUAUGGCAACCCGCAAUGGAGAGUGUUUCUGCCAAAGCACAAAAUCACACUUUUGAAUCCAGCCCGACUGGACAUGCCCAAACUGCCGCAUAAUUAUGUCCUGUUUGAAGUAGAAAUGAGCAUGACUGAACAUGAAUUGAUGGACUACUUGAAGAAUUUAUACGAGGUGCCAGUAGCCAAUAUCUGGAUGACAGUUUCACCCCCUAUUAUGGGACAAGAUCACCGAGGAAAAGUAUACGUCAGCAAGCCAGAGUGCAGGAUAGCCAGGGUUCUGUUACAGCAAGGAUACUUCUUCGAUUUUCCGAAGCUGUUUGAAAAAGUCGAAGUUGAUUCGGACCUCAAAGCACCCACUGAAGUAAAAUCAAAACAGGCCAAAUACAGAGAUGAAGUGAGUGAGAAACUGAUGGGAACUGUGAAAGAAUAUUCGGGAUUGACUGAAGCAGAAAAACGGAAGAAAAUGAAGGAAGAAAAGAAGUUUUGGCAAAGACUACCGGGAAAAACUGUGCCUAAAUGGUUCUGAGUACAACGGAUGUAUUAUUUUUCUGGUAUAAAUAAAAAUGUUUAUUUUCUUUAGCA